UCCAACAGGUUGGCUGGAGUCGAGACGCUGGAAAGCAACUCCGAGGAGAGGGUACCAGCCCACGGCGGCCGCCGCCAGAACGACUCGCGAGGAGUAGUAACCGAAGACGGCGGCCGCCUCAGUAGCCAUCGCGUGUGGAGGAUCAACGGCCGACACGGCCAACGCGGAGGCCAGUUAAGAGAAAGAGUUAGCGAAGACCAGGACUUUAGUCCCAGCGAAGACUGGGAAAGAAUCCGUGAAGACGGCGGCCAUCUCUGUCGGGGCUCUACAAGAAGACUAAGUGAAGACCUCGGUUUCUCCCGCAGUGACUCGAGAAGAGUCCAUGAAGACCUGGGCAGUGUCUCUCGCGAGAGACUUACGGGAGAUGGUGGCCGCCGUCACAGCAGCUCUUGGGAGAGAGUAAGGGGAGCCCAAGGCUUCAGCAGCAGCGACGUGAAUUUAAGUGAGGUCGGCAGCCACCGAACUAGUGACUGUGAGGGACUGGUCGGAGAAGACCGCGGCCUCUGCUUUAGUGAUUCUUGGGAGGGUGUCAGAGAAGUCCCGGGCCCCCAACCCGGCGACCCCGGGGAGAGAGGCAGUGACUACUGCAGACGUCGCCUCAGUGGCUCUUGGGAGGAAGGGAGUGUCGAUGGCGGCCACAGCCUCAGUAAUUCCUGGGAGGGAGUAAGUGAAGACCGCGGCUACGCGGCCAGCGACUCCUCCGAGGUGAGCGUGAGCGUAGACGCCAGCCGCUGCCUCCGUGGCGUCUGGGAGAGAGAAAGUAUAGACGAGGGUUUCCGCUGCCGGAGCUCUUGGGAGAAAACCAGGGAGGACCGGGUCCCCGGUCUUAGCGACGACGAAGGCAGCCACUGCAGUGGCUCGUGGGUGACAGCAAGUGAAGAUCGCCGCAGCAGCGGGGGCCUGGACUCGAGUCCUCCCCGGAGUCCGAGGGAUCGCACCAUGCCAGGGGUGUCCGAUUCAGGCCCCUCCACCUCCUCUAGGGAGACUGCAACCCCGUGUGCCCGGAAGAAGGUGCAUUUUGGUAACAUACAUGAUGCAGUACGGGCUGGAGAUGUAAAGCAGCUUUCAGAUAUAAUAGAACGAGGAGCCUGCAUUAAUGAAGUUGACAUUCUCCAUAAGUUUACCCCUUUACAUUGGGCAGCACAUUCUGGAAGUUUGGAGGCUCUCAUAAUCAAUGGGGCAAAUCUGGCAGCUCAAGAUGAUCGUGGAUGCACUCCUUUACACCUUGCUGCAACACAUGGACAUUCUUUCACUUUACAAAUAAUGCUCCGAAGUGGAGUGGAUCCCGGUGUGACUGAUAAGAGAGAAUGGAAGCCUGUGCACUAUGCAGCUUUUCAUGGGCGACUUGGCUGUUUGCAGCUUCUCAUUAAAUGGGGUUGUGGAAUAGAAGAUGUGGACUACAAUGGAAACCUUCCAGUGAGAGCUUAUAAGAAAAUUGUUGAAUUGAGACACAUGCUGGAAAUUGCUGAGAGCAACUAUAAACACCUGGGGGGGAUAACAGAAGAAGAUCUAAAGCAGAAGAAAGAACAGCUUGAGUCUGAAAAGACUAUCAAGGAGCUGCAGGGCCAGCUGGAGUACGAACGGCUUCGUAGAGAAAAAUUAGAAGGUCAGCUGGAUGAGUAUCGUGCAGAGGUGGAUCAACUCAGGGAGACACUGGAAAGGAUUCAGGUCCCCAACUUUGCUGUGGAAGAUGACUCUUCUGGUGAGUCAAGCAAAGAGAAGAGGCAAAUUAAGAAAAAGGUGUCUUCUGGGGGAGUUUUUGUGAGAAGAUUUGGUGGCAGCGCUGAGAUCUGAAGCAAACAUCUAUUGGCUUUUGGGGACAAUGAGAAACACAGGUGUGGCACCCUGCAAAUGCUGAGAGUUCACUUUCUUGUCAUUUGAGGGCCUUUGCUAGAAGAACCCUGAAGGGCAGAGGACAUUCUUUCUUCCUGACAGUUGGCAUAAACAGCAGGAUGCUUUAAACUCACUGGAUACCACUCUCCCCCGGCACUGCUGCAGCAGAGAGAUCCUUGGGAAAUCUGACAUAUAGCCAGCAGAGGGUAAGAUUUCUUAUCAUGUGUAUCUCCUGGAAUCUCUAUGGAAUCUGAGUCAAGAGCAAGAGUGGUGAGAACCCUUUUUCUAAAUGAAUUUGAGCGGGAGAAAAUAUUUGUGGAACUAGUUCCUUGUGCUUAAUGACUGUUGGUAAAUUAAGUAGAGUACUCCUUGGUUACGGAUCCAUUUCAUCCCAGGGACUGUCUUUGUUUUCCUGUGUCUUUUAUGUCAUUUGUCAUACAUGAGGUAAAGGCUGUUGCUAAGGGACAUCUUGGAAGCCACAAAAUUGGUGGGCACAGCCUUGGCACUUAAAAGCCAGCAGAGUGCUUGCCACCUAGCUCAAAGACUCCCAUGCUAAGAUAAGUUGGUCCUGGACAGCUUAGAUUGACAUAGGUCACUUGCCAACUUCCAGAAAACUUCUGUGCAACAAGGUAGACUAUAAAACACACAAUCCAUAGCAUAAGCCUCCCAGGUAUUAGUGUUGUUCCAAGAGACCCCCACGGCUUAGCUACAAGAAAAACUGGAUGGUUUUUUCCCUUUUGUCUUAUUCUAGGUCUUCAGAGCUUGGCUUUGUGACCACUGAGAAUAUUCUUUUUGGUCUCCACUAUCCAGAGGGUACACCUUGAUGGCCAGUUGAAUAGAUGGGUUCUGACCCUGUCUAGCUAUGCCCCUCUCAGCAGAGUUUCUUAUGAGAGGUCCCAGGCCAUAGGGACCUUUGUUGUUAGUGCUGGAAAAUCCCAUUCCUAAGUGGCACCUGCCUGGUGUCAAAGAUUAGUGGUUUUGUGACAGGAGUCUCACAUUUUUGUGGGAGAUCAGAGACACGGUUUUCAUUGCAUUAUCCUUAAUACCUGUGCAAUGAAGGCCUUUGUUUCCUUAGAUUAAUUUUGGGAGUAAACUUUCGGAUCACGGGAGCUACAUUAUCUCCACCCUUCUCUGGAUGCCUCUUGUGGCUUUGGUUAAGCCAUUAAAGGCUUAUUGAUUUGAGUUACUACUGAUAGAUCUUAUUUGUCAAUGCCUCGACAAUGGAUCCUUUAAAUUGGCUAUAUAUAUAUAUUUUUAAUCUUAUUAUGUUAAUCACCAUACAUUAC